AUGCUAACAGUGAUAACCAAUAAUCCCAAUGCUCUGCACGGGUGGAGUCCUCAAGAGGAGAGAGACAGAAGGCUGAUCGAGGCAGGCAAGCGAGGGGUAGUGGAAGAUGUGUUGGCGCUGCUGGCUGCAGGGGCCGUCCUGGAGGCUACGGAUGUGAAGGAGUGGACCGGCCUGCACUGGGCGGCAGCCAGAGGGCACGUGGGGGGAGUGCGCUGCCUGCUGGAGGCCGGGGCAGACGUGGACCGGCCUGCACUGGGCGGCAGCCAGAGGGCAUGUGGGGGGAGUGCGCUGCCUGCUGGAGGCCGGGGCAGACGUGGACUCCGGGACCAGCCACCGGGACACGCCCCUGCACCUUUCUGCGGCAGCAGGUCACGUGCGAGUGGUGCGGCUGCUGGUCGAGUCCUGUGCUGUCCCCAACGCUGCGGAUCAGUGGCAGAGGACGCCGCUGCACUGGGCGGUGGAGAACGGCCACGCAGAGGCGGCGGCGGAGCUGCUGGUGGCAGGCGCCGAUGA